AUGAUGGAACAGAGCUGUGACUGCGGAUUCGACGCUACCCUCUACUGCGAGAAGCUGAGCGGCCAAUUGGUUAGAGGUAAUGAAACCAACGUUAGUGUCGGAUGCUCGCGGGAAGCGGUGCUUGACCAUAACGGCAUACCCUUGGUCAGUGAUUAUAAGCUCCUUACCGCAAUCGGAUUUGUGCGUGCUGUCCUCAUGCCAUGA